AUGGUUUUCAGUUUCAUCGGCGUUAGUCUAUUGACUUUGGCUGUCGCAAUUCCCAUGGCAGAGAUGUGUUCUAUGUAUCCGGUAGCAGGUGGUCAAUAUUCAUGGGUUGCAGCGCUUGCUCCACCAAAAGUCGCCCGAGGUCUUUCAUACGUGACAGGAUGGUUUAUGCUAAUCGGCCUCCUUGCUAUGGGUGCUACCAACAAUUCCAUUGCUUCCAACUUCGUCUUGGGAAUGGCAAACCUUGUCUUCCCCGAAUUCGAGAUUCAAAGAUGGCACACCGUGCUGGUGGCUUGGCUUGUGGCAUUCCUUUCUACCGCCGUCAACCUCUGGGGCUCGCACUUCUUGCAUAAGAUCUCAAAAGGAAUUCUGAUCUGGAAUGUCUCCUCGUUCGUCAUCGUCACCGCUACAAUUCUCGCCAUGAAUGAUCAUAAGCAGCCCGCUCCUUUCGUUUUCCAGGAUUUCCAAAACGGAACCGGAUUUGGCACUGGAAUGGCUGCAAUUAUCGGUGUUCUCCAAGCUUGCUUUGGCAUGUGUUGCUACGAUGCUCCUUCACACAUGACCGAGGAAAUGAAGUCUGCUUCCAAAGAGGCACCUAAGGCUAUUAUUCUCGCUGUUGUUUUGGGUGCUAUAACAGGGUUUGCUUUCCUCGUCACCCUUUGUUUCUGCAUUGGCGACAUCGAAGCGACUGCAAACACAAGCACUGGUGUCCCUGUGAUCCAAAUUAUUUACGACUCAACUGGAAGCAAGGCAGCCACUUGCGUGCUGUCAAGCUUGAUCUCGGUGAUUGUGAUCGUCGCAGGAAACAACAUUCUAGCCGAAGGAUCGCGCGCCGUUUACGCCUUUGCCAGAGACAAUGGUCUCCCCUUCUCGAAGUUCUUCAGCAAGGUCGACAGCAAGACACAUGUUCCUGUCAAUGCCGUUCUCCUCACCCUUGUGGUACAGCUGGCGCUCGAUGCCAUCGAAUUUGGUACCACUACUGGCUUCCAGACCGUCAUUGCCAUCUCAACAGAAGGCUUCUACUUGUCAUACGCAAUGGCCCUUAUCAGCCGCCUCGCUGGCUACUAUACGGGCCACGUAGUGAAGCUCGACGGACCAUACUCAUUCUCCGUGCCGGUAUCCAUCGCCUUUAACAUUAUCGGACUUCUAUUCCUUCUCUUCGCGGCAAUCACUUUCAACUUCCCUAGCGAGUAUCCCGUCGGCCACGAAUCAAUGAACUACACCAGCGCUGCUAUUGGCGUCGUUGCUCUCAUUAGCAUUGUCACUUGGAUCACAACAGGGCGCAAGCACUUCUCGGGACCGGGUGCAGUGAGUUUCUUAAGUGGCGAGAAUACUGCAACUCGAAAUGUGGGAAGGGCCGCGGAGCAUGUGGAUGAGAAGAAGACUUGA